AUGUGCUCGGCAGCGUCGUCGGUGUGCCUCUCCGCGGACCUCCUGCCCCGCGUGACGGCCUUCCAAAAUGGAGUCCACCAUGACGUGGUGCCGUUGAUUCGAGCCUUGCAUCGCACGGCCGCAGACGACGAAAACGAUGCCCUCACCGGGUUUCGCAAAGUUCUGGGCGACUGGCUCAAGGUGCAUUGCGCAGACAGACUGCCCGACGUGAUCACCAUGGUCCCGGCAAUGCUGCCGAUGGUCACUGACUACGCCGCCACCGUGGGCGACAUUGAACUGCUCGAAAUGAUCUGGAACAAGUGUCCCCGAAGCGAGAAUUCCAAUGACGAGGGAGCGGCGCUGGUUUACGUAGCCGCUCUGGCAGGGCAAGUUGACAUGGUGGCCUUCCUGUUGAGCCAAAUUGACGCAACGGACGCCUGUGGCCGCGCCAUCAGUCACGCCAUGGUUGGUGCGGCAUCGAAAGGCCACCUUCGCGUUGUCGAAUAUUUGCAUCGCCACCGCCAUGACCGCCAGACAACUGACUUGAUGGACGUGGCGGCGAGUCAAGGGCAUUUAAGCGUCGUCGAGUUCCUCCAUCUCCACCGCCGCGAAGGCUGCACGACGGCUGCAAUGGACAGAGCUGCGGGCAAUGGACACUUGGAUGUAGUGAAGUUUUUGCACGCCCAUCGGAGGGAGGGAUGCACCAAGGCGGCGAUCUCGCUCGCAGCGGCCGGCGGCCACUUGCACGUGGUUCAAUGGCUGUGCGACCACCGAAAGGAAGGAUGGCACGGUGACGCGUUGACGCAUGCCGCGGCCGGCGGCCAUGUCGACAUCCUGGCGUUUCUACUACAGAAACGGCCCCGUGCAGGCUGCCUCGUGCUUGGAAUGGACCUGGCGGCGACAAACGGCCACUUGGACGUCGUCAAGUUCCUCCACACCCACCGCAAGGACGGAUGCUCGGACAAAGCUCUCGCCGGCGCCCUUCGAAACGGACACACCCAUGUCGUGGCGUAUUUUCUCAAACAUGGAGACGACCUCAUUCACGGUGUGUGCUGCGCGUGCGGGUUCAACAAGCCUCGUCGCCACGCAUGCCUCGUCAAGUCCAUGUGA